CUGGAGGAAGAGGAGGUACUCCCCUCCAGGGCUCCGCCUUCCUUUCCGUGCCUAUACUCGAGUUCCACGCAGCUGUUGGACUUGGACUUCAACCUCGCCUUCAGUCGAGGGGCUACACCUCCCCCCCCCCGCUUUCCUUUGUGCCCCGCACCUCUUCGGACCCCGUUACGUAGUCUCCAGACCCCCCUCCCACAGUCCCUGAGUAGUCUCGGCAGGUUUCACACACACAUUCCGUUUCGCCCGGUCCCACAGGCGCGGCCUAUUCCCUCCCCUUGACGGGGCGCGGUAGUCUUGCGGUGCGUACGCACGUUCCGCACCUCCCAGGACUACAUCUCCCAGCGGCCCGCGCGCCGCAGCGCGGUCACGUGACCCGACCGCCUGACCCGCCCUCAAGUCCGGCGCGGGCGGGGUCACGCUGCCGGGUGCAGCUGCUCUCCUUGGGUUUCCUAAUCCCACUUCGCGGGCGGUGCGGCGCUUCUCCAGGAGUUGGGCGCUUCCCUCACGCAGACCGUGUCCUAGGAAUGUCCUAACUGCCCGCUUGUCCGAGGCUUCGCCCCGUGGAGAGCUGACUGCCCUGGGCUGCAGUUGACCUCCGACAAAGUCAAGCCAAAAUGUCCCCGGAAUCUAAAAAGCUUUACAACAUCAUAAUUUUAGGAAUUGCCUUUAUGUUUAUGUUCACCGCCUUUCAAACUUGUGGAAAUGUGGCGCAAACUGUCAUCAGGAGCUUAAAUAGCACAGAUUUUCACGGCAGUGGAUACACCAGCAUGGCCAUAAUUUAUGGAGUGUUUUCUGCUUCAAAUUUGAUUACGCCAUCAGUGGUUGCCAUUGUGGGACCUCAACUGUCUAUGUUUGCUAGUGGUUUGUUUUACAGCAUGUACAUUGCCGUUUUUAUCCAGCCUUUCCCAUGGUCCUUCUACACAGCCUCGGUUUUCAUUGGAAUUGCAGCUGCUGUGCUUUGGACAGCACAAGGAAAUUGCCUGACAAUAAACUCAGAUGAACUCACUAUUGGAAGGAACAGUGGAAUCUUUUGGGCACUCUUGCAGUCUAGCUUGUUCUUUGGAAAUCUCUACAUAUAUUUUGCUUGGCAAGGGAAAACUCAUAUAUCAGAGAGUGACCGAAGAACAGUGUUCAUUGCCCUGACGGUGAUUAGCCUUGUGGGGACAGUUCUUUUCUUUCUCAUUCGGAAACCAGAUUCUGAAAAUGUCCUGGGAGAAGAUGAGUCUUCUGAUGACCAGGACAUGGAGGCCAACGAGUCUGCCCAGAGCAAUAUGACAAAGGCAGUAGAUGCAUUUAAAAAGUCCCUUAAGUUAUGUGUCACCAAGGAGAUGAUCCUUCUUAGCAUUACAACUGCUUAUACAGGUCUGGAAUUGACGUUCUUCUCUGGUGUGUAUGGAACCUGUAUCGGUGCUGUAAAUAAUUUUGGAACAGAAGAGAAAAGCCUCAUUGGGCUCUCUGGCAUUUUCAUUGGUUUUGGAGAAAUUUUAGGUGGAAGCCUCUUUGGCCUGCUGAGCAAGAAUAAUCGCUUUGGCAGAAAUCCUGUGGUGAUGCUGGGCAUCCUGGUACAUUUUGUGGCUUUUUAUUUAAUCUUUCUCAACAUACCUGCAGAUGCUCCUAUUGCACCUGUUGAAGGAACAGAUAGCAGAGCUUACAUCAGAUCCAGCAAAGAAGUUGCCAUCCUAUGCAGUUUCCUGUUGGGUCUUGGAGACAGCUGCUUCAAUACUCAGCUGCUUAGUAUUUUGGGUUUUCUCUAUUCUGAAGACAGUGCGCCAGCCUUUGCUGUCUUUAAGUUUGUCCAGUCCAUCUGUGCCGCUGUGGCGUUUUUCUACAGCAACUACCUUCUCCUCCACUGGCAGCUCUUGAUCAUGGUGAUAUUUGGGUUUUUCGGAACUAUUUCAUUCUUCACCGUAGAGUGGGAAGCUGCUGCCAUUAUAGCCCGGGGCUCCGACUACAGAAGUAUUUGAUCAGUGGUACCAGCGAAAGGAGGUAUGCACUUACAGAUAGCCUGACAGAAUGACAGUUGGGUGAAGAAGUUCACCGUCCCCCUCCACAACAUACUAGAUGGAAUUUUAUUGUGGAACGCAAAGAAUGAAGACUGCUGACUCUGCCGGAGUUGGUAUCCAAGUUUACAGAGAAUAGCUACUCAAAACAAAUGGAAUAGGGGAGCUUGUUCUGUCCAUUGGUUGUUGAAAGGUUGUUUUGAACAAUUCUGCAUUGUUUAAAUUCAUCUAUCUCAAGUUCCUUCCAAUCAUGUUAUAGAAUGUAAAUCUUUUCUUCUCCCUCCUGCUCCCGUUUAAAGAGCCUGCCUGGAUUCACAAUGCUAGGCCAUAUGUCAUCUACAGAUUCUUGCUGGGUACGGAGUACGUGUUACUAUGGGCUGACAGGGAGCAUAUGGCACUCCACAGAUGUGUCUGUGAAUGACAGUCAAUAAAUCAUGAGAUGCUGCAAUAGAAUCUUACCUUUGGAAAGAUUCACACUUUCUUCUGUGUUUUGUUUGAUAAUGUUUUCUUGCAAGAAGUGAGUAAUUAUUAUGAAAUGAAGUGAUAUCACAUGACUUAGAACACAGUCUGUUUUUUUUUUUUUUGUAUAUGAAUGAAAACACAUUAAAAAAAUACCAAAUGUA